UGGGAAGAGCGAAGGGCAGCACGGCGAGCUGGUCCACGAGCUCCAAAAGACAAGGAGAAUCUACCUCCUCGACCUCCCGGCUUAACCCGAUCAAAUUCCUACGAUCGGCGUGCGAACGUGGCGCCUCGGGCUCGGGUACAUCGAUUUUGCUCGACGUCAUCAGCCCCUCAAAUUGAAGAUCCCCGUCCAGCUGAAGAGCUGCCCAGGACAGCAGCCGAACUGGGACUGCGCCCAGUGCUGAAUCCGGAGCCCGGUCGAUUGGGCUAUCGCUUUGACCCCGUGCAAAAAUGGAAACUGGUGAGCGAGGAGUGGCGACGGAAUCCGCCCGUCCAUGAAAAGAAGCGGCUCGACUUGAAAUGGCGUGUCCGUGAAUAUAUGCUGCGACAGGAUGAGCCGCAAUCCCCGACUCCCCCACAAGCCCAUCCUACACGCGAAGGCCUGGUCACCUCGUCCGUACUUGGAUUGAUGCGGAAUUCUACGUUUUUCUUUGUGAUUGCUGAGAGACCAAAGAGAAUAAAUAUGGCACGAGAUACAUUGGCGCUUUUUAUGACUUUAGAGGUGAUCGCUGAGGACUACGAGAGGAGAUCGAUCGAUCAAGAUGAGGAAUACGAGCGCUUGGCGGCGAAUCUGGCUUCACAAAGAUUUAGCUCAGUGACGUCUAGAAAAUAUGUUGCCCAGGAAUACGGCUCGGAAAUCGACACGAUGUACUUCAGAUGCCCCCCACCAAACGCAGAUGUGGUGCUGAUGGUCCGGAGACAUCGCUGCCAUCCUAGAAAGACCGGCGGGCGGCCAUACCAUGAUUUGGAUAGCAACGAUGUCGACCAUGCAUCAUCCAUGGGAAAACCCGACCCCGAUGGGGCAACGAACAAGCGCAAGGAGCACAGAAGUCACGUCAAGGGUGGCAAAGUGACGAAGGACCAUGACCGGAAGAAGAAGCUCGGCACGCUGACGAAGGAGCCGCAAGAUAUCAAUCGCGCGCGCAAGGGCUACACAUUCAAGUCGGCGAAGCGGGCGAAUCAGGCCGUUCGCAGGGCGGCCGAUCAAAGCGAGCGCAAAAAGCACAUCCCGUACGUCAACCGAACGCCGCUGAUCCCUCCGCCAAUCGUCGUGGCCGUUGUCGGGCCUUCCAGGGUCGGCAAAAGUCUGUUGAUCCGCGGCCUCGUCAAGAACUACAUUCGUGGAUCGAUCAGUCAAAUCAAGGGCCCGGUCACAAUUGUCACCAGCAAAUUGCGGCGCGUCACUUUCAUCGAGGUGAAAAAUGACAUUAACCACAUGAUCGAUGUGGCAAAGGUAGCCGAUUUGGUGCUUCUAAUGGUCGACGCUUCGUACGGGUUUGAGAUGGAACACUUCGAAUUUCUCAAUAUCUGCCAGGUUCACGGGAUGCCGCGCGUGCUUGGCGUGCUCAACCACCUCGACGCCAUCCCCAAAUUGUCCAAGCAGAAGAAGGUGAAAAAGCAUCUGAAGCACCGCUUCUGGACCGAGGUGUAUCAGGGCUGCAAGCUCUUCUAUUUGUCCAAGUUGCACCACGAGAAAUACCUGCCGACCGAGCUCAGAAAUUUGGCCAGAUUUAUCACCGUCAUGAAAUUCCGGCCAAUGCCCUGGCGAGAUGCUCAUCCCUACGUGCUCUGCGAUCGUUUUGAGGAUAUCACGGACCCGGAGACGCUUCGCCAAGCACCGAAAGCGGACCGGAACAUUUGUCUUUACGGCUACGUUCGCGGCGCCCAAUUGAAAGAUCUCUCGGCGGUGCACAUCCCCGGGAUGGGCGACAUGCGCAUCACCUCCAUCACCUCAAUGUCAGACCCGUGCCCGUUUCCGGAUAACCUGAAGAAGCGCGGGCUGAACGAGAAG